AUGAAGGUCGUCGUCGUGGGCGACGGCGCCGUGGGCAAGACCUCCAUGCUCCUCUGCUACACCACGAACACGUUUCCCACCGACUACAUGGCCACGGUGUUCGACAACUACGCGGUGAAUGUCCCUUACGGCGGCAAAGUGGUCAGCCUCGGGCUCUGGGACACCGCGGGUCAGGAGGAGUACGCCCAGUACCGCCCCCUGUCCUACGACAAGGCGGACGGGUUCAUACUAGCGUUCGACCUGACGUCGAGGCCGAGCAUGGAGAACGUCAGCAAACGGUGGAUCAAGGAGCUUCGCGCCAAGGCGCCGGGAGCGCCAGUCGUCUUGGUGGGCACCAAGCUGGAUCUGCGCAUGGGUGGAUCUGCGCACCAAGGACACGGAUCGGCGUGCGUCGCGGCGAGGGAGGGGGAGGCGCUGGGGAAACGGAUCGGCGCGGAGUGUUACGUGGAGUGCAGCGCGCUGACGCAGGAUAACCUCGGCGCGGUCUUCGACGCCGCGGUGGACGCGUGCAUGAGACGGCGGGACGCGACGAAGAAGAGGAACGAAUCGAAUGGCGGGGGAGCGCGUGGCCGAUCGGGUUGCUGCGCCGUCUCGUGA